UCGUCGUCCGUUGUCGAAAAAUUUUUUAUUAAAUCGACUGCAGUGUUGAUGUUGUGUCGGCGCAGUAACGUAACAACCGCCGUCCGGUCCGGUGCUUCGAGUUUUCCGUUUUUGAUUCCGUCGUGGACCGCACGUAAAACGCUACGGGGAAUCGACGGACCGCGGACGUGCUCGAUUAUAAUAUAACACUACAGGUGUAUUUCAGGUAAUAAGUGUGAAAUCGUAUUUGACCGAAUAUUAUAUCGUAUUUCGCGUUAGCAGCAAACGGCGGACUCCACAUGACUUUUCGCCGUUUUCAGUCUUCCUGUCAAAUCGCCGUGGUUGUCUUGUUACUUGCCCUGCUCAUCCCGCCGCUGACGGCAGCGUCUUCCGGUAAAUGCCGACUAGUCCGUUCUCUCCGCGACGAGAUCGCCAGCUAUCGUCCCGUUGUGGAGCGCGUGCUCUCGUAUGUCCAGGAUAAGAAAGGUUACAAGGGCAGGACAUGGGCUGCCUUAUCCGAGUUCACAGAUAUGUUUGGCUCACGGUUGGCCAGCACGUCAAACCUUGAGAACUCCAUCGACUACAUGAUGAACUCACUGAGGGCCGAAAACUUGGAUAAUGUGCACGCCGAACGCGUCAUGUUCACGGGAUGGCAAAGACGUAAGGAAAACGCUGCGUUAGUGAAACCUAGGUACAAGAACCUGGCGAUGUUGGGGCUGGGUGGCAGUGUCAGCACGGCCCCGGAAGGAAUCAGGGCUGAAGUAGUGGUGGUCACCUCGUUCGACGACCUCUCCAAUAAAUCGUCACAGGUCAGCGGAAAAAUCGUUGUGUACAAUCAACCGUACGUGUCGUACUCUGAAACUGUGGUGUACAGGUCGAUGGGAGCGAGUGAGGCGUCCAAGUACGGUGCCGUGGCCACAUUGAUUCGAUCCAUCACUCCGUUCUCGUUGAAUACACCGCACGCUGGCCAUCAAAGUUACAGCGACGGCGUGAAAAAGAUACCAACGGCCUGCAUCACGGUCGAGGAUGCCGAACUCUUGAACAGGAUGUACAACCGAGGCACCAAAUUGGAAAUUUUUUUGAAAAUGGACUCAAAGUUCUUUACCAACGCUACAUCCAGGAACACUGUUGCCGAAAUCAAAGGCACGACAGAUCCUGAUAAAAUAGUGUUGGUUUCGGGACAUCUGGACAGUUGGGACGUGGGGCAAGGUGCGAUGGACGACGGUGGGCGGUGCGUUUAUAAGCUGGAAUUAGUCUCGUCAUGUUUAUUGUGGACAGCUGAAGAAGAAGGAUAUAUAGGGGCCUAUGCGUACUUAAAAGGACAUAAAUCAGAACUUGAAAAAUUUAAUUUGGUCAUUGAAUCGGAUGAAGGGACGUUUCAACCGUAUGGAAUUGAGUUUCAUGGUUCUGAAACAUCAGCGUGCAUUAUGGUUGAAGUGGCCAAAUUAUUUGACUCCAUCAAUGCGACUACCAUGCAGUCCAGCAAAGAAAACGUUGGUUCGGAUAUCGAAGUAUUUGAAAACAUUAAUAUACCCGGUUUGAGUUUGCUGAAUAGAAAUGAAAAAUACUUUUGGUACCAUCAUACAGAAGCCGAUACAAUGGCCGUUGAGGAUCCAGAUUCGUUGGACUUAAACACUGCCAUGUUUGCGGUUAUAUCGUACAUCAUUGCUGAUUUAUCCGUAGAAUUGCCAAAAUCAUAAACAUUAUAAAAUAUUAAUUAUAAUACUUAUGUCUAACGUUUGUAAAAUUAAAACAGUUUUCUACGAAUAGCUUAGGCAACGUUAUGGCUAACAAUAUCAUAUUACCCAUUAGGCGCAUGUAUGAUAAUAUAUAUAAAUGUUAUACUAAAAUUAAAAGUUUUAACAUUAUCAAAAUAUAUUUUCAAGUUUAUUUUGUUUACUAUAAGUUAGUUCUAAUUCAACCGAUGGAAUUUGGUUAUGUUCUUGUAUAUAUAAAAUAGUGAAUUAUAUAAUUUACAAUGUAUGUAUAAAUUUAAUAUUAUUCAUAUUAUUAUGAUGAUUAAAAUAAAAAAUGUCUGCUCGAUUGUAAAAUCAUUAAAGAUUAAUUUCA